AUGGCCGACAAAUCCACCAUCACCAAGACUCCUCAGUCUGAAGCCAAGCCUCAAUGGUACGAAUCGCUCAAGACCUUCCCGGGCCUAAAAUUCAACAUGGGCUUUGGUGAUCAAGUCAUGCCGGACAAAGUCGACACGGCAUUCAUUGAUAUUCUCUGCGGCCGCUACGAGAAGAAAAACGAGCCAGUGCAGUGCAACAUUGAUCGCAAGAUCGUCAUUGCUAAUCGCGGCCUUGAUCUCAUCACUCUAGUCCUGUGGGUUGCCGAAAACCCGGAGGCCAUCUUUGACGGUGUGGGUGUCAACUGGGAUCGGCCUGGGGUCUUCCUAUGGAGAAGCUCAUCCGCCUGGGUUCAUUCCGCUGCGCCCCUUUUUGCGGUAGGGACAUUGCCGACUACUGUCACAGAGCUCAAGCGCUUUCUUCGUAGCCUUGACAGAUUGAGCGAGUUCGUUCGAGAGAGCGACUUCGCCCGCGCGUACAAGCAGAACUCAGCCAUCCCCUACAAUGGUUCCUCCGCCACUGUUGUUCAGAGGACUCCGAUCGCCAAAAACCCGGUUCUUAGAGCUCGAUACGAUAAUGUUCCGGUCGCUAGAACUCAGCAAAGCCCCAACGCUUCUGGUGCAACUCCCAAAAACAACGGCAGCGCUACCAUCGAGAAGAUGCGCCUUGAGGUCAACAAGCUGCGCGCUGAGAACGAAAGCCCUUCACUCUCUGCUUGCUAA